AUCAGCCUGUGCCAUCUUGUAUUAGCAAAAGAACAAAAACGGUGUAAGGAACAAGUCCACCGUCAGGAUGGGGCGCAGAUAUUAAACCGGAUUUUACGAGCAUAUAUUUACAAAGAUCAAGUGUAACGGGACAAUAUGCUUGGAAGUGGAGCAGCGCCGAGAAACAUCAGCCACACCCCGCAGAACAGCUAAUGUUAACGUUAGCUUGUCGGAGCUAAGCUAGCCAAUUAGCUAAGGCUAGUAACGUAAGAGAGGACAACUGGCCGAGCUUCUGUUUGAGCCAGCUAAACUAGUAGUGUAAUUAGAAAACCGUAAAUUAUUUUCACUGCUGGGACAUCGGUGGAAAUGGGCCUAACGCCGUGUUAAUUAUCCGCAGGGAGAGGAGACCCGGGCUAUGAGGAUAGAGGCUCGCUAGCUUGGCUGCUAACGGUUGUUUUUCGUUCCAGAGCGGAACCACAAUAAGCCGCGGCCCUGGCCAUGCCCUCAAGUGCACGGGCGGGCAAUCUGAAAGACCCCGAGGUGGCAGACCUCUUCUGCAAAGAUGAUCCGGAGAAGCUGUUCGCUGACCUCCGCGAGAUCGGUCAUGGUAGCUUUGGAGCCGUUUACUUUGCUCGAGAUGUGCGCAACAAUGAGGUGGUGGCCAUCAAGAAAAUGUCGUACAGUGGCAAGCAGACAAACGAGAAAUGGCAGGACAUCAUUAAAGAGGUGAAGUUCCUGCAGAAACUCCGCCACCCCAACACUAUUGAGUAUCGGGGAUGUUACCUGAAAGAGCACACAGCAUGGCUGGUGAUGGAGUACUGCCUCGGCUCAGCCUCGGACCUCCUCGAAGUUCACAAAAAGCCACUUCAGGAAAUAGAAAUAGCUGCUAUUACCCAUGGUGCACUGCAGGGAUUAGCAUAUCUUCACUCUCACAACAUGAUUCACAGGGACGUGAAAGCGGGAAACAUCCUGCUGACAGAGCCCGGUCAGGUUAAACUGGGGGACUUUGGUUCUGCUUCGAUCGUGGCUCCUGCCAACUCCUUCGUGGGGACUCCCUACUGGAUGGCUCCAGAAGUGAUCUUGGCGAUGGAUGAGGGCCAGUAUGACGGCAAGGUGGACGUCUGGUCACUGGGCAUCACCUCGAUAGAGCUGGCGGAGAGGAAGCCCCCACUGUUUAAUAUGAAUGCUAUGAGUGCCUUAUAUCACAUCGCUCAGAAUGAAAGCCCCAUUCUUCAGUCCAAUCACUGGUCUGAUUCCUUCCGAAACUUUGUUGACUCUUGCCUACAGAAGAUUCCCCAGGACCGGCCUACCUCGGAUGUGCUGCUGAAUCAUCGGUUCUUGUGCCGUGAGCGUCCGCUGACGGUGAUCAUGGAUCUGAUCGCACGAACCAAGGAUGCAGUGCGAGAGCUAGACAACCUGCAAUACCGCAAGAUGAAGAAGAUCCUCUUCCAAGAGACGCAGCAGAACGGCCCAGUGUCUGAGGGAGGGGAGGAUGAGGAGGAGGUGGAGCAGUACCUGUUGCGAACAGGCACAGUUAACAGCAUGGAGAGCUCCCAGUCAGUGCCCAGCAUGUCCAUCUCAGCCAGUUCUCAGAGCAGCUCGGUCAACAGUCUGGCAGACGCCUCUGAUGACAGCAGCAGUGAGAUGGCCAUGAUGCAGGAGGGCGAGCACACUGUCACCUCCAACAGCUCCAUCAUCCACCGACCCACGGGUCAGGAUAACAUCUAUGAUGACCCCUACCAGCCAGAGAUGGACCAACCCCAGGCUCCCUCAGCCGGACGUCGUCGAGCCUACUACCGCAACCGUGACCACUUUGCUACCAUCCGAACUGCUUCUUUGGUAACCCGUCAGAUUCAGGAACAUGAGCAGGGCUCGGCACUGCGAGAGCAGAUGUCUGGCUACAAACGUAUGAGGCGGCAGCACCAGAAGCAGCUGAUGGGGCUAGAGAACAAGCUGAAGGCGGAGAUGGAUGAACAUCAGCUGAAGCUGGACAAAGAGCUGGAGAACCAGAGGAACAGCUUCUCCACUGAAGCAGACAAGCUGGCAAAGAAGCACCAGGCCAUCCUAGAGAAAGAGACGAAAGCAGCUCUGACGGAAGAGAAGAAGUUCCAGCAGCACAUACUGGGCCAGCAGAAGAAAGAAUUGACCAGUUUACUGGAGUCACAGAAACGGCAGUACCGUCAGCGAAAGGAUCAGUUGAAAGAGGAGCUGAAUGAGAACCAGUCGACUCCGAAGCGGGAGAAGCAGGAGUGGUUGAUCCGUCAGAAGGAGUGUCUGCAGCAGAUGCAGGCGGAGGAGGAGGCUAGCCUGCUCCGGAGGCAGAGGCAGUACUAUGAGCUGCAGUGUCGCCAGUAUAAGAGGAAGAUGCUGCUGGCUCGCCACAACCUGGAGCAGGACCUGCUCAGAGAGGACCUCAACAAGAAGCAGACCCAGAAGGAUCUGGAGUGCGCCAUGCUGCUGCGGCACCACGAGUCCACCCAGGAGCUGGAGUUCAGGCAGCUGGGCUCAGUGCAACGGACCCGGGCCGACCUGAUCCGGACGCAACACCAGACUGAGCUCACAAACCAGAUGGAGUACAACAAGCGUCGGGAGCAAGAACUUCGUCAGAAACACGCCAUGGAGGUCCGGCAGCAGCCCAAGAGCCUCAAGUCCAAAGAGCUGCAGAUCAAGCGUCAGUUCCAGGAGACGUGUAAGAUCCAGACUCGUCAGUACAAAGCCCUGAGGAACCACCUGCUAGAGAGCACUCCCAAAUCCGACCACAAGGCCGUCCUCAAACGCAUCAAAGAGGAGCAAACACGUAAGCUGGCCAUCCUGGCUGAGCAGUACGACCACUCCAUCAACGACAUGCUGUCCACACAGGCUGUGAGUAAGCUGCGCCUAGAUGAGACCCAGGAGGCAGAGUACCAGGUGUUGAGGAUGCAGCUGCAGCAGGAGCUGGAGCUACUCAACGCCUACCAGAGCAAGAUCAAGAUCCACACAGACACUCAGCAUGAGCGGGAGGUGAAGGACCUGGAGCAGAGGGUGUCCAUCCGCCGGGCGCUACUGGAGCAAAGGAUCGAGGAGGAGAUGCUCUCCCUGCAGAAUGAACGUUCGGAGCGAAUCCGGACUUUGCUCGAGCGUCAGGCUCAUGAGAUCGAGGCCUUUGACUCAGAGAGCAUGCGUCUUGGAUUCAGCAACAUGGCACUGAGCGGCAUCCCGGCCGAGGCCUUCAACCAGGGCUACCCAACCCCCAGUCCCUCCUCGGGCUCCAGUGGGUGGCCCUCCCGCCCCGUCCCCCGCUCAGGGAGCCACUGGAGCCACAGCGUGCAGAACUCGGUGUCGACUCCAUCCUGGCGCAGUCAGAACCACAGCGGGGGAAGCUUCAGCCGCGCAGAGUCCAUCACCUCUUCCCAUGGCCUCGGCAGGGACAGCGAGCUGCACAAGAGCAGCAGGGGCCACUCCUCCUCCUCCUCCUCCUCCUCCUCCCACUCAUCCCACCAUCAUCACCAGCAGCACUACCUCCCUCAGCAUUACCAGCACCAUCAGAGCACGCCACAGCUCUACCGGGACAGCCACGACAGCAGGGAGCGCGAGCGGGCCAGGGAGUGGGUGGGAGGAGGGGGUCACUACCCCCAUCACUCCCAGGUACACCACCACCACCUCUCCACCCACGCUUCCUCUCAGUCCUUGGCUCUCCUGCCUCCCCCACCACCACCUCCUCCCAUCUCUCUCUCCUCCUCCUCUCCUCCCUCCUCAGCCUCUUCAUCGUCAUCGUCACAGGGAGGCUACGGAGGCGGGGGCCUGAGCAUCAGGGGCCCCAGUUUGAUGGCCCUCAGAAACAGCCCCCAGCCUCUAAGGAGGACGGCCUCUGGAGGGCCAGGGGGUGGCGGGGGGAGCGACGGAGGGCUCAGCCGGAGCACAUCGGUCACUUCUCACAUUUCUAACGGCUCUCACCUCUCUUACUCAUGAAACUGCCCUAUUUCUCCUCUCUGAUCUGAGAUCUGUCAUUUUGCUUCUGUAAAGAAACCAACAGAAGUAGAACAAAACCUAUCAGGGAGAGAGAGAGCGAAUUUUAAGUUCUUAGCAUAUUUUAAGAGGUUUCAUAGAGCCGGAGCAAAGUAAAUCAGUCAUAAAACAACAAAAUCAAACAAACAAAUAACCCCACUUUUAAGUGUAAAUUUUAAUAUCUCCUUUCUCACAGUGUGUAUAAAUGUUCUUGAUAGACAAGAAAAGAAAGAGAGGAAGCCCCUUUUUUUUUGAGUCACUACAGAGAAAUACACGAGUAUUAAGACCCAGAGCAUCACUGUUAACCUCUUCCACACAUUAAAGAGUUGCACAGGAACAGUGAUGAAACUAAACGACGACAUGUCCACAUGUGAAAAAUGAGCCAUGUGCUGCAAAAUGAGCAAGUCGAACUGUAAAAUCUGACAAAAAACAAAAUGACUUGAGUCCAUUUGUUCAAUUUGUGGCACAUUGAAUCUGUUGCACAGUAAUGACAGUUUAAUUGCAGGAGACUAGUGUCGCCUGUUGGACCAGUUUGAGAUUCAGGUUUGAGACCUUCAGAGUCUGACAGCAGGUUUAAAGUUGAGCUGGCAGGCGGGUUUAAAUUCUGGUUUUCAGCGACAGUUGUGGAGCUUCCACUCGGCUAGCGGUGCUUUAAAAACCACUGUAACUAUGUAAAUAACAGUAAAUUGUAAACCCAGUUUUUUGAUUUGUAAGUGUUUCAUAUGUUCAGCAGGGCGGGGGUCAACUAAGGGAAGAUUUCUUGAAAACACAUUUCUUUUAUUUGUAGUGAUAAAUAAGAUUCUGUAUAUGACAAUUAAAGAAACACUGCCAUCUCUUUGUUGGGCUGACCCAAGACAACUCUACCACUGCCCUUUAAGUCUUCUUAAAGAAACAGUCUGACAUUUUUGAAGCAAGCUUGUUUGCUGUAUCAAUUGGGAGGCAGAGGACGAGAUAAUUAGAUGUUAAUCAGUUUAAUCUCUGGGUGUUCAGUACAGACAUUUAGCUUUAGCAGGAGGGAACUGUUAACCUCCCAACAACCUUAACACUCGCACAUGUAGUCACAGUUAGAUGCAGGAGGAAAGAAUGAGAUAGCACAGCUUUAAACAUUGCAUUUCAGAAGUCGGAUCCUUUAAAGAAAAGUUGUUCACACUUUGCCAGCUCUGAAUAAAACACAGGUUUUGGUGGGCAAUAAAUUCCUCUAAUAAAAGUACAUGUCAUUUCAUAUUCUGAUAUUGAUAUGUCACCUGUCUACAUUGUGACAAGUUCAUUUAUAAAGCACAUUUAAGACACUAAGGCAAUUGAGAGUGCUUUACAUAAGGCAUAAAAAACAUCAAUACAAUAUACAAAUACACAGAAAACAGAAAAUAAAACAAUAUACAUCAGAAAGAAAGCAGGGGUGUCUAACAAAUUUAAUGCCUAACAUCGAUAUACAAGUCAGCCUUUUUUGUUUCAAGGACCCUUAUGUAGAUCCACAUUAGAUCACAGACGUCCAUGUGAUAAGAUUUUACUUUUUUAGAUUUUAGCAAUUUUAAACUGAAAACAUUUUGCUUGUUUGAUUUGAUUAAGAACAGAAUUCUGUAGUUGAACUACAAUUGAGGAGAAAACCAUUGAGGAAGUGAAACCUGUGAUUGGCAUAGUCACUUUUGCAGUGUUUCAAAUUUGAACCUUUUUUGUAUUUUUUGGGCAUUUUUAUGUCCUUUAUCAGAAAGACAACAGGAGAGAGAUGACAGAAACCGAGCUCCACUAGAAUCCAUGGUACACUGGAUGUGAUUAAACACUUUAAUCAUAUAAAUGGAAGUAUUUUAAAUGGUAUUGCAUACAGUUGGAAUUAUGGAUGCCUUUUCCCCCAGGAGAUCUGGUCACACCCUGUAGUUUAUUGGUUAUGUAACUAUAAAUAUGCUAAAAAAGCAUACUCUGUGAGCUUAGAUAUGCGUAUUUAUGUAUGUAUUUGUGUAUAUAUCGAGUUUCCCUGAUUUUAAUACAAAAGGUUCAACUUAGAUUGACUGGAGUAAAAGUAAGACAGCACUCAGACAACAGUAAAAAUUCAGCACAAUUGAAUCUUUAAGGGUAAACACUGUAAAAACAGCUUAUGUUAUGAGAGCCAUUUGAAAUUGAUAAUCACAUUUUUCAAAAACUAAAUUGCAUUUUAAUUACAGUGUGCACAAAACGUGACAACUUGGAGACUAGUGAGGGUAGCAAUGUUUAACAAUUACAGAAACACACCUUUGUGUACACAUAGUUCUGACCUAACAUAUUCAGAGAUAUUAAAGGAAUAGACACUGUGGCAUAAACAAUAUAUUAAAAGAUACCUGAUGGUAAAUUCAUUGAUGUGGACCCAUGGUUCAUAUUGCCCACCAGGGAUUUACUUGCUCACCAAGAAUACGCAACGUUAAAACAAGAUCAUAUUUUAUUUUCCUUGUGCUUCCACAUGUCUGUACUGAACUCGCAGAGAAGACAGAAACCAGUGAUCUCAUAGGACUCAAGUUAUAACUCGAGCAAAAUGUCCCAAAAAGUCAGAUUGCUCCUUUAAAGGGACGCUGCCAGAGUAUUUUUGAGUGAGCCGAGUGCUAAAUCUGUGUGCGAUCUUUGCUGAAAGAGUGUGUGUGCGCGUGUGCGUGUGCUGACAGCUUACCUACACCUCCACCUGUCGUUCUCCUCUUCACAGUCUGGUCUGCAUCUGUAGAUAAGAUGUACAUGUUACAUUACAAAUUAGUACAAUUCAGUGCAUGGAACUUGUGUACAGACAGCAUUUGUAUGGAUAACAUGCACACUACCUAUUUAUAUAAAUGCAUAUAAAUGUAAGAUACCUGUAAAUGUAGCAGGUAUACUGAAGAUUGUUCACUGUCCAAACACUUUGACUUGCAUUGUACUUACCAGUGUACAUAAAGCACUAACUGAGA